UAUAAACAUUGGCAGUGGGGUUCUGACACAGACAAGCUAACAGCGCAGAGACUGAGUGUGCGGGGAAGAAACCCAGACAGGACCAUGACGGGAUACCUACUGACAGUUCUCCUCUCUCUAUGCAUGGUUGCUGCCGGCAGCCUUACCAUUAAGUUGAAACCAGACUGUGCAUCGGUUGGCAAGAAUGUCACUCUCAGUGUCAGUGGAAUAAAUGGGAACAUAACCAGCUUUACCUGGUAUCUAGGAGAGCCAAGUGCUUCAAACCAGAUAAUAAACUAUGCAGUAAGCUUUACGCCUCCCAGCGCUCCCGGACCCAAAAAUUUUUCAGAUGCCAUUGGACUUCCAAAUGGUUCCUUGCUGAUUACAAACCUUAAGACAGAAUACAGUAAUACCUACACGGUACAGGUACAGGCAGACACACCGGGCCAAGCUUCAGCUGAGCUGACUGUGCAAAGCGAAGACAAAUGCAAAACUGGGCUGCUCACGUCCCUGAUGGAAUUGGCAGUAAUGUUAUGGGAGUUUUUUUUAAGAAAUGGCAUUUAUAGCAGUCCUGUCUACACAGACAAUUGAACAGCAGAGACAAUAUAUAAUGAGAAGAUGGGUCACUAGUCCAGAAGAGUUAAAAGGGCACUUCCAACAGAACACCAUUGUUAACCCAUAUCAUUAAUUCAUUCAUACUUUAUUCAGUUAAUUCCAAGUUUUGAAUAAAUUGCUCAUUAUCCAAA